AAUAAGGAGGAGUAUCCUAAUUGAUGUAUUUUGCAACUUGGUUAUGUCGACUAAGGGGCUUCUGGCCACGGUACAACAAACAAGCAAACACAAAUAUGAGUAACCCCAUUACGUUGUAUGGUGCCCAUGGUGUUAUGGUCUUACGAGCGAAACACAACACUGAAGAAUAAGAAAAUGUAUCAAACUUGUCAAUGAAAAGAAAAAAGUACGAAACGUUUGCGACAUCAAGUGGCCCGCUGUGGAGUUUGAAAAUAUUAAAAUCUAAAAUUAAAUCUUUACGCCAACAGGGAGUAACCCUCUGCAAGUAUUCGCAUCAAAAACUGUGAACUUUAAUCAAAAAAUUUAAUUAUAAUAAGGAUAUUCUACUUCAAUACCAUUGUGAGCUAUAGAUCGCGACAAGGUUUACUGUAACGGCUAAAAGUGUCAAAAGUCGCAAUUAAUUUCUUUGGCUGUGAAAAAAAUGUGCUGAAACAAGGUACGUUGAUAUUUGUAAACUUCCACUGUUGCCAACUUUAAUUCAAAGCAAAACUACUUUGGCGUCUGCUUUUUAAAAAAAUGCAUUUUGAGAAAAUAAUCACCUCGGCGCUUUGUCUGGUGAUGAUGUCGUCUGUGACUUGGGCUCAGGAGUCAAGUGAAUCGUCUUAUUACGAUGAGUCGUCAUGCGACAAUGAACAUUUCUACUGUGAUUUCGAUGACCCCUCCAUGUUCUACAGGUGUAUGGACGGAGUGUUCCAUAGCUUCAAGUGCCCCAGUGGCUUACAUUUCAGUGUAAGCAGCCAGACAUGUGACUGGCCACACAAGGCGGAUUGUUCCGGGAGUGAUGACCAUCUUCAAGAGACAGGCGCCUCGAAGAGUGGACACGAACAGGCGUCCCACAGUGACGGAGAGCACGGUAGUGAAGACCACGGAAGCAGCCACUCUAGCCCGGAGGAAAGUGGACACUCUGGAUCGGAGCACUCUGGCAGUAGCGGCUCCAGCUCCAGUGGCCACUCUAGUGGUGGGCACAGCGCGAGUGCUUCCAUCUCCAAACAUGACUUAAGCGGAGACGAAUAUUGGUUAAGCAAAGCUGGCGGUGUCGGUAAGCCUUGGUGGCGGCCAUCGGGAGUCAGCCCGGGACAGUGGCAAGACUCAGUGAAAAAUCCUCCCUUCCAGCCUCACGUUCCGUCGGAGCCCAAAGAGGGAGGAGAAAGCGAGUCUUCUGGUGGCGAGUCUGAGAAAAGUUCAACGAAAAAGUCCUCGGCCCCUAAGGCCAAAUCAGGCUCGGAGCCCGCAGAAAGUAGGUCAAACUCCGCCAAUCUUCAGUCCAAUGAGGGAGACUGUGAUCCUUCCAGUUGUCAGCUGCCCUCCUGUUACUGCCCUGGCACUGCCAUCCCCCGUGGGUUGUCGGCGUCAUCCGUCCCACAGAUGGUCAUGCUGACCUUCGAUGACGAAGUGUCCGGUGCGUUCUAUGGAUACUACCAGCGGUUGUUUAGACCAGGUCGCUACAACCCUAACGGUUGUCCUGUCCGAGGCUGCAUGUACGUGUCUGGCAGUGGUACAGAGUAUGAUCUCGUCUACCCGCUCUACGCCAUGGGAAAUGAAAUCGCAAGCCACACGAUCUCGCACAAAUUCCCUCACACUUGGUGGUCUACAGCCUCCUAUCAAGACUUCUACGAUGAGUCGACUGGCAUGCGUGAGAAUCUCAUCUCCAGGGCCGGUUUGCCUAAAGAAGCAAUCAAGGGGUUCAGAGUUCCCUUCCUUCAACUAGGUUCCGACAACAUGUACAGUGCCCUCUACGACGCUGGAUUCCAUUACGACACGUCAAUGUUCACUGGGUCGGAACAAGAGACCGGGGACCCCAUCUGGCCCUUCACUCUGGACUACACACCCAGUAACGUGUACUGUCAACAUGGACCUUGUCCACACAAGCAGUACCCAGGCAUGUGGGAAAUACCGGUACAAAGGUGGUUUGGCAUGGACGGUCAUUCUUGCGCCAUGCCGGACGGCUGCAGUGCUACUGGUGAUGCGGAGGAGACUUUAGAAUACUUGAAGUCGAAUUUUAGACGAUUCUACCAUUCCAACCGGGCGCCAUUCGGCAUCUUCAUCCACGCCCGAUGGUUCCACACUGAACAUAAUCUAGACGGCCUGGACAGAUUCAUUGACUAUUUGUUGACCAUUGACGACGUCUACAUUGUGACACCUAGCCAGGUACUUGAAUGGAUGAAGAACCCAACCCCACUCAGCAGUAUUCGAAGUUUCGGCCCUUGGAGUUGUCAUGGCGGUGCCACUGACUAAAAAUAAGUACUAUAGGGAUGACAGAAACAGAGCUGUAUUUCUCUGAAAUGAUUACCACCAAAGUGGCAAGUUGGUAGGCCUGUUAGUUCACAGUUCAAGUACGGUUGUUACCAAAAAGUUGCAAUGAUUGAAUCAAAAUAUUGGUUAAUCCUAUUGUACAUCUUGUAAUGUUUAUAAAUAGUUUUACUGAUAAACAGGAAAGUUUAACUCUUUCUCUCCUAAUUAACAAUACCAUCGUUGAUUUGAUCCCAUUAAAUUAAAUUUGGUUUUAUAAACUUUAAUUUGUGCUAAAUAAAAGAGCAUGCAUUCUCCUAAAAUAACUAUACCGAAAGUAAUGUUUUCUAAUUACAUACAAAUAUGUUAUUGAAAUUUAAUGAUAACAGGGUAGAAUGUUCAAAGGUGAAAAAAUGAACAAUUCUGUCAGGACAUGGGAAACAACUUCGGAGAUAAGGAGUUAACAGCUGCUAAGAUUGAUAGCUUAUAAAUAGAAGACGACGUGUAAUUUUGUGUGUGUUAAAAUUGUGUAUUGUUAUGUGACACCCAAGUAACAAACAUGAUAGUAUCUUUGCACUCUGAGACAUUGAAAAUAUCAGACGAAAUAUAGAGGAAAGUAUUGUAAAGGCUACACUACACCUAGUGCGCUAUGCCAGUGAUACCCAAAAUACGGCCCGCGGGCCAGAUCCGGCCCGC